AUGCAGCAUACGAUUCUAAUUGCAGAUAGUGUGAAUUCAUGUGCUAUGGCGGCUGCCUUAUACACUUAUCUAUGUCAUGAAGCUAAGUGUGGUGCUGCAUCCCAUAGCGUUGAAGAUACCCCGUCCAACGACCUCACAAAACACCAACAUCCCCACUUCAGAUUCCUCGUGUCGGAGUCUUUCACGCUUUUAUACAUCAGAGACCUCGGUGCGGCAGGGACAAACCAAUACUCUGGCGACUUCCAGGCUUUUGCGUGCAAGGUACUUGAGCGUCGCCUUGACGAAUUGUCUGCCAACUCUGCCGAUACUACUGUGCAUGUGAUUGCUUUAACGGAGCAAAGUACAAAGAACCAGGGCGACAAAGCCCAGAUCUUAGUGUUAGGGCUGCAAACGCCUCCUACCGACAUCACUGUCACCGGGGUGAGUGGAAUGGUCUACGAUUGGUGUCAUUUCAACAAGCCAAGAUAUACUCGCCUUCAGACUUUGAAGUGCACUGUGCUUCUUCUACAGCACCCAGGCGCACCGGUUUAUCCCUAUUCCGGCUAUGCAGAGUUGUACCUCUCCACUUCCGUAUUAAAAGCUGCCGGGAUUCCACCUAAGGGAGAGCUACGUAAGCGAAUAGAAGCGAUAGUCCAAACAUAUAUGAACGCAAUCUCUCUGGUAUACAUCUAG